AUGGACGGCGUCGAACCGAUGGAUUCGGCGACAAGCAGCGACGGUGCCUCAUCGAUGCCCCUGCGUACCUGGGAACUGGCAAACAACGUACAGCCGGCCGAGCAAAUUUAUCGCUACGAUACGGCCGAACAGCAGGCAAUUCGGGCGGCUAAACCCUGGGAAAAAGAUCCGCAUUAUUUCAAGGAGAUCAAAAUUUGUGCGUUGGCCCUGCUGAAAAUGGUAAUGCAUGCGAGACGUGGCGGUAAUUUGGAAGUGAUGGGACUGGUGCAGGGCAAAGUGGACGCGAAUACGCUGAUCGUCAUGGAUAGCUUCGCGCUGCCGGUGGAAGGCACCGAGACACGUGUAAACGCCCAGGAACAGGCCUACGAGUACAUGACAAUCUAUACGGAACUCUCCGAAUCUGUUGUCGGCUGGUACCACAGUCAUCCAGGAUAUGGUUGUUGGCUGAGCGGAAUCGAUGUAUCCACCCAGGCAUUGAACCAGCAAUUCCAGGAACCAUUCGUGGCCAUCGUGGUAUUUGAAUUUUCAUUUUAA